AUGUUCCAGAGUACCAACCCGCCUCAAUUCCAUGCCAUUCCAUCUCUGGUAGGUGAACAAGUUGAAGAUUCGCUGGUAAGUGCAAUGGGUCUUGCUAUGACUCCACAAUCUGCUAUUGGCGUGAGUCAUAUUUCGGCUUUGCACAAGACGCAAUUUUGGCGUGAGUCGUACUCCACAGUCUGCUAUUGGCGUGAGUCAGGUUAUUUGGCACCAAAGUACGAAAUACGAGGGCAAUUGACAAGGAAAGCAGAUAUUUAUAGCUUUGGGGUGCUUCUUGUGGAAAUAGUCAGUGGAAGAUGUAAUACAAAUACACGCUACCAAUUGACGAACAGUAUCUGCUUGAAAGGAUGCAGUUUUGCGUUCAUAUUUCCUGAUCACAGUAAUUUGGGUACUGCUAAACUCCUGUUGACAUGGCAAGUCUACGAGUGGAAGGAGCUUGUUGGGCUGGUGGACACAUCAUUGGAUGGUGAUUUUGAUGCCGAGGAGGCUUGUAGGUUUUCUCUUCUCUUCGAGGUUGAGGCUGACUUCCCUCUUUUUCUUCCUAUUAUUGAGUUCUACCCUUUAGCAGAUGUUUUGGUCAAUAAAGAAUUUGGAGAUUGGCUUGAAUCUUUAUAA